ACCAAACUCUAAAACCCAUCUUCCCAAUCCUCAGCCGCCACGGCAGGUUUCAUCUCCCUCCCGUCGGAAAACCCAUAAGAUUAAUUUGUAAAUACAAUAUAGAGGAUGUAGGGUGGAUGCUGAAAGAUGAGAUUGAGACUUCUUAUUUAGUCAAUUUUGUUAUGAAGUAAAAAGUUGCUAACAGACUUAACACGAAACGGGGCACUGUGAUAACCCAUUAGUUUAACCCAACAUGUCAAGGCAAGCACCUCUUCCUCCUCGUUGCCCCCUUCAAAAGAAAGCUACAAUGUCCCCAAAUUUGGGUCCCAUUUCUCCCACGUUACUCCAGGAAAACCAGUUUCAUUCUAAGCACCAUAGAUCAGCUUCUCAGAGUUUGAUCAUAGAUGAGCAACCUGCAUGGCUUGAUGAGCUGCUGAGUGACUCUGAAUCAAGUGCUUGUGGUGGAAUAUUGCAUAGGCGGUCUGCUAGUGACUCUUUUACUCUACUGGAUGAAGUUUUUACAUUACCAAGUCUAAAUAUACUUGAUGAGUCAGAAGAAUCUUCUCCAGCUGGCUGUGAUGAAUCAGAUGAAGGGUCCAAAUCUGCUUGUGUGUAUGGUCCUAAUUCCCCACGAGGAAAAGGCAAAGUAACCUUUCCAGAUAAUGCCAUACUUUCAGCCCUAUCAGAUUAUGUUUCUCAAAAUGCUCUGCAGUGUUCAGAUUGGAGUUUGCCUUUGUCUGAAACUGCUCAAGGGGACUCAGCAGGCGAUGCUAGUGGUUCUAAUGGAGAGAAUGUUAUGGAGGCAAAACCAGUGAAGAGGCACCCUGGGCAGAGGUCGAGGGUCCGUAAGCUCCAAUACAUUGCUGAGCUAGAAAGAACAGUCGACACUUUACAGGGUGUUAGAUCAGAGUUAGCUGCUAAAGUUGCAUCUCUUCUUCAGCAACAUAGUGCUUUGUCUUUUGAGAACAAUGAGCUGAAGCAAAAGAUAACCAGGCUUCAACAAGAAAAGUUGAUUGUUGAUGCUGAGUAUCAUUCACUGAGGAAAGAAUUGGAGAGACCGAAACCACGGGAUAAGCUCAGAUCAUCUACGGGUUCAAUGGGCACAUGGCAAAUGCUAGACUUUGGAAGACUAAAUCUCAACUAAACAAGUGUGGAAGACGAAAACAAGAAUGGCACCAGAUCAUUUCUCUUCCUCCCAGUCACACUCCUGCUAAAUUGUAAGCUCUCUUUGUUUUGCUUCUGGGAGUGGGCUGUGUGGUCCAAUUGGAGAGACAUUUUUUCCAUUUUCAACUUGGAUGAAUGUCACAUAACACACUCCUUCUAUGAUGAUGAUGAUGUUAACACUUUUUAGCAACUGCAUUCCCAUGAAAUGAUAAAAUCAGGCAUCAAGU